GAGCGCGUCUGAACAAAAUGGCGGAGGAGGAGAGUUCAGCUGAAGCCCUUGUUAGUUUAAAGGGUAUUGGCUCUCAGUCCUCGCCAUUCAAUUCCCCAGCAAAACAUGGUGCUAUGACAAGAGCCAAGAAAAGACGUCAGUUAGAAGACAGCCUUGAAGAUGAUUACCAUGAGGAGUUGUUACAUGCAGAUGACGAUGAAUUUUCAACCCUUUCUAACACUAGACCAAGAUUUGCAAGGUCUCCUACUCAGCUUGGAGCAAAUGGUGGUGAAAUCAAAAAAGAUGCCAAGCUUGCAUUUUCCAAGCUUCAAAACCUCCUUAAACUUCCAAAAGCUGCAAAAUGGUGUUACUUUGAAUGGUUCUAUUCCAGUAUUGACAGGGUUCUUUUUGAGGGUGACAAUGACUUCUGUGUCUGUCUGAAAGAGUCUUUCCCAAGUCUUAAGGUUAAGAAUAUGACAAGAAUAGAAUGGAGAGAAAUAAGGAGACUAAUGGGAAAGCCAAGAAGAUGUUCUCCAGCAUUCUUUCAAGAAGAGAUACAAUCUCUUCAAGAAAGGCGCAAAAAGAUUAGAUUACUACAGCAGAAAAAGGUUACAGAGCUCAGUAAGUUCAAGGAUCUUCCAGAAGAAGUACCACUCCCAUUUGUCAUUGGAACCAAAGUCACUGCUCGGCUGAGAUCUCCACAAGAUGGCCUAUUUACUGGUCAAAUAGAUGCAGUUGACACUCAAAACUGUUCAUACCGUGUCACAUUUGAUAGACCUGGACUGGGAACACAUUCUAUACCAGACACGGAAGUACUAAGUGAAGAGACAUUAGAAACAAUGCCACUGUCAUCAUUCUUACUGAAGGAAAGACCAAGAACGGCAGGCUUCCCUCCUACAUACACCCCACCCAGUGGUCUCAGUCUACAAGGCAGUCCCAGCAUGAUUAAUGAUCCACUUUUAGGGGCCUCUCCUGCAAGGUUGAAACUGCAAGAAGCUUUGAACCAGCAAGGACAAGGAGGGACACUUGGGGGUUUCCCAAUUCGAUUCUUAAUUCUUGUGACACGUCUGUCCAAAAUUCUUCUUGUUAAAAAAGAAUGCAUUGAAAAGUUAAAGGAAAUGAAUACUCAAGCAGAAAAAAUGAAAUCAUACCAAGAACCAAUCGAUAAAGACUUUCAAAGAAGAUAUGCAUGUGUAGUGCUGGAGCUGGAAAGGCUCAAUAAGGAUCUUAACUACUAUUUAAAUGAUGUACAGGAUUACUGUCAAGACUCACUAGCAGAGAACGAACUGAAUACGUUCGAGUUCAAGUCAUUAUCAGAUGCGGUAGAGGAAAUUAAAACUACAAUAGACCCAAGUAAUGAAAGCUGUUUUCAGAAUCAUGUGGAAAUCCACGUAGCACAUAUUCAAUCUGGUUUAAGUCAAAUGGGCAAUUUACACGCUUUUUCUUCUUAAUCCUUACGCCAAGUUGGUCAAAAACAAUUCACUUAUCAUCUAAUGCUCCUUCAGCCUUCGUUUUACUGUGGCUGGCCUAGUGUUAUCAAGAAUUCUACUGUUAUCAAGCUAUAUACUAUUGAUACAAGAUAAGAUGGAAUCAUAGCAAGGGCAGAUAUAGGGAUUUCAGUAAGUGCUUUAAUUCAGAAACACAAGUCUUGGGAGCUAAUUACGCACAAUUCUCCACGGGUCACACCCUGGGCCUAACGGGUUGUGUGACUUAGAUCAGCCCAGAGGUUGUUUAAGGGUUCGAUCUGUGAGUUAGAUAUGCCCUGACUUAGAUCAGCCCAGAGGUUGUUUAAGGGUUCGAUCUGUGAGUUAGCCAUGCCCUGACU